AAUGUGGGGCUCUCUCAGGGGUAACAUUAGAGUUACAGAUUACUCUUCUCAGAAGCUUCUGGGAAGAGAAAUUGUUUGGUGUGUUUGAGGAGCAGAAAAAAGGCUAGCAUGCAGAGAUUAAGAGGGAGUGUGGUACAGGGUGAGGUCAAGGAGGUAAGGCUAAAUGACCAAGAGCCUCAUAGACCAUUGUAAGGAACUGUGGCUUCAAUCUAAAUAGCAUCAUUUUAAGCAGGACACAGUAAGAACACAUGAAUGGAGGGAGAAGAUUUCUUCUUGCCUCAGUUCUUGCUCUCCAGAAUUCCAGUUUUAUCUAUCCAUCAUGUCAGAAGUGCUUCUCUCGACUAAUCCUGGUCUCCAAAAGGUCUAAUUGUCCAAAAUGUGGCUCCACUGGUAAAGCUGAAAAUGCCAGUUACAGAUAUAAACUUUCCUUAAAAGUUGCAGAAUCAAGCAAAUUGUUUGGCAUUACUGUAUUUGGGAGCUGCUUAGAUGCAUUUUUUGGUCUUACAGCCACUGCUUUGCACGGGUACAUUCAGGACCAUAAUGAAAUUUCAGAAACACUGGACAGUGAUGCAAUUCAGAACCUAUUAACUAAAGCAGUUGAAAUUUGCUUCAUUGGACAAAGCUUUAUUUUUGGAGUGACGAAUUUUGGAAACCAAUAUGGACGAGUUUCAGAUUCCAAUAACUUCUUAAAGCAACGUUCUGACCACAAGAGAGAAGUAAGAGCACUAAUAGCUUGCCAGAUUGUUCUACCAGACCCAGGUGUUGCAGGCUUCACUGUCAUUGACUACUUCCAUCAGUUUUUGCAGCUUUCUUAUUUCAGGAAACUUCAUGAUGGCUCCCAGGCACCAAAUAGCCACUUACUUGCUUCAGAACACACAAAUAGUGAUCUCAGCAGCAUAUGUGGCCCUGACAGCAGUUCUGGUUUCUUCAAGUCCCAUGGCAGAGAUAGUUUUUCAAGAUUCUGGCAGGCAUCACUUGAACUCACUUACACACUUUCACACCUAACAGGUGAUGAUUUUUCAGCUUCAGAACAAAGCAAGGCCAUUGGUACUCUUCACCAGAACAGAAAGUGCAUCUCUUUUUCCGAGGCUACUGGUUCCCAUAGCUGCCAUGAUGCCUUUCAGGGUUCUUGGAGCCUUGUUUCAUACAUGGAUAAAAAGAGUACAGCCCAGAAGUUGGAUGAAGAACUUGUCUUGCAAGCUGAUCAGCCCAGUGUAGUCCAUAGCAGUCAUGAAAUCGGAAUUGUUGACUCUAAUUUUUUCCCUUUGAAAAUGCGAGAGCUCCUGGAGUCAAAUAAUAAAAAAUCCUUCCACAGCACAGUGGAAAUUAAAAAUCAAUAUUCCCAGCAUGAGCUAACCUGUGACCAGUAUCUUGAUUUAGAUAACCCCCCUAGCCUUCAGAAGAGAUCUACAUGUUUUACACCUUCAUCACUCAGACUUGAAGAAAUAGCUAGUGGUUCCCAGGACUGUGACACUGAGAUUUGGGAUGAUCUGCCAUUCUCUGAAAGCCUGAACGAGUUCCUGGCAGUUAUCGAAAGUGAAAUUGCUACAACUCAGACACAUGCCAGUAAUAGGAAAUGUCAUCUAGAUAAUAUCGAUAGAUUACAGGCAGACCACGUCAGGUUAUCUGUGGCUUCCCAGAGAACUACCGGAGCCUUGCAUACACCACCUGUAGCUUUAAGAUCAUCACAAGCAACAGUCAAGGCAAGCUGUAGCAAAGAUAACUUCUUUUCCAACUGUGAAGCAAAUUCAAGUCCUUGUGUUCAAAAGGAGUCACAGUUAAAUAACACAGCAGAGGUUGUCUCUAUAAAUAGUAAUGGAAGUGAUAUUUCUGAAUAUUUUCCAUCAAAUGCUUAUCUCUCAGCUCUGUUUCCAUCUUCAAAAAGUUUAGGAACAACAGUUACUCUGAAGUCUACCAGAAUUCCACUACAUAGGGCUGAAAUUUCACUUAAGCUCACUACUUCAGAGAGUGACCAUUCUUGUCUCAGUAGCAAAUACUUCAAUAGAUGUGGAGAAAAAUCACUUUCAGAAAUGAGUGAAAAGUUGGUAGCUUUGGGUUCUAGGAGAUAUAAUGAUGUUUCUGACCUUUGUAACUUAGAAAAUAAACAACAUUGUAGAUGGCCAAAGAACCAAGAUGACAGUUUUACAAUUUGCAGGAAACUUACAUAUCCUUCAGAAGCUCUUGGCUGUAGUCCAGAUACAACUACAAUUACACUGAAAGAAAUGCCUUGUAGACAUAUCAAUAAUAACUUAACACAGAACUAUUCUACUGGUCACGAAGGUAGCUACGAUGCUUCUGCUGAUCUCUUUGAUGAUAAUGCUAAAGAAAUGGACAUCACAACAGAAAUUAUGAAAAAGUCACAGCAUAUUUUGUUACAGUGGGGAAAAUCUUUGGCAGAAAGUCAUCAUAUAGAAUCUGAUUUUCUAAUGAGAUCACUCCCUGAGAAUUCCAGCCAGUUUUCACAAAAAUUGUCUUUGCAAAGUAUGUCUGCCACUCUAUGUCCAAGAACGUGCUCUUCUCCACCUCAUUGUCAGUCAGAUGCAGAAUAUGAUUUUGUAGAUAGCCAAGACUUUGUUCCAUGUUCACAGUCAACUCCAGUUGCAGGAUUCCACCAAACAAGAAUUCAUGGGAUGAAAGGAGCUUUCAAAAACUUACCUGACCUUUAUUUGGAUCUUGAUGGUAACUAUAAAAAAAGAAAGAUUUCCUCUGAAAAUGAUGCACAGCAAGCCACCCCUAGCUGUCCAAACAAUGUAAGGACACCGAGCCAGAAAUCCAGAAGCCCUGUUAUAUCUGGUAUUCCACAACCAGAGGUUUUCAACAAUAGUCCUUUUGCUGAGUGUCUUGAAACUGAAGAUGAAUGGGUCCCUCCUACCACUAAAAAAGUAUUUCCUUCAGAAAUGCUUGGAUUCCAAGCCUUGAGUCUAAGGAAAUGCUCUGCUGCCUGUGAUUCUCCUGAUCAAAAAGAACCACCGAGAAAGAAACUGAAAUGUGUCAAACGAAGAAUUGAAAAAUGUUUAAUUAAAAAGGAGUUAAAGAACAUGUUUACAGCAGGAGUAACAAAACAGAAAACUCUUAACACAAGUUCAGACUGGUUUUGCAAAGAGUCAGUUUUGGGACUUGAUUCUUGUUCAGAAGUCAAAUGUUGCCUUCCGUUUUCAAAAAAUUGGCCACCUUCUGUGCCUGAGACUAAAAGCAGUUGGUCUCCUGAAUUAUUUUCAUAAGUCACCUGAACCUAAUUGCUAAACUUUUAAAAGUAAAUCUGUUUGGAAACUUGGCUCCCGUGGUAUGGAAGGCAAUCUUGCCAUUUUGAGAACUUGAACAGAGGCAAAUAGUAAAUAGGUAUCGUCGUGCUUUUUAAAACAUAAACCCUUUGUUUGGGUACGUGGGUGUUGCAGUCGGUUAAAUGUCUGACUCUCUUGAUUUCGACCAGGGUCAUGGUCUCAUGUUUUGUGAGUUCCAGCCCCACACUGGGCUCUUUGCUGAGGGUGCAGAGCCUGCUUGGGAUUCUCUGUCUCCCUCUCUCCCUGCCCCUCCUGUGCACACGUGUGCUCUCUUUGUCAAAAAUAAAUAAACUUAAAAAAAUAAAAAUAAAAAAUAAAGCCAUUGUUUUUUCCAGCAUACAUUUGUUCAAACACUUUGGCACUUUAUCUUAUAUUGUUGAUUGUCCUUUAGUAACACUGUUAAUUUUGCUUAUUAAAAGUAUUUGUUAAAAUCACAUGUAUAUUUAGAAAUAAAGCUUUUGCAAACCAAAA